GGGCUAAAGCGGCCAGCGGCGCUUCCCAAAGCGGUAUGGCGUCUCGGACCGGGCAAACUCCAAACCUCACUUCUCCUCUUCCUCCUACACCAACGACUCCCCCGCGAACAUCGAAUCCACCUCGCAUUCGCACUACUCUUGUCACCAUGUCUCUCCUCGGAAAGAAGUUCCCCGGCGCCCUUGCUGGCCCCAUGACCCCCUUCUUCGCUGCCGGUCUCAUUGUCCUCUACGGCGUCAACUCUCUGCAGAACGUUCUGUCCAACACCGCCGAGUUCAAGAACGACCCCCGCAACCCCAACGCUAAGGCCGGCAACUCUCACUAAAUUUUGACCGACCACGAUGGACUGUUGAGGUACGUGCUACUUAAAGUAGCACGAGAGAGGAGCGGAUCGAGUCGUCACAAUGGGGACAUGAACGAAAAAGGCCCCGGCUCUUGGCUUUGAUUCGCCGAUCAUGUGUGUUUAACGUUCGCGGACAGUUUGCCCUCUGUCCAAGCAUAUAGAAGAUACCUUAUAGGGUGACUUGGAUCAAUUCACAAGCUGUACCACUACUGAAC